AUGGUGCAAAAGCCGAAGCAGUUGAGUUUCUGGGUGUAUGGGAAGAAGGCAUUGGAUGUGAGCAAAAGGUACGAUGAGUUGUUGGAGAAGGUGCUGAAGGAGCAUGAACACAAAAGAUCAUCACGUCAUGCAGAAAACGAAAGGGAUUUGAUGGACAUUCUGCUUGAUGUUCACCACGAUCCUCAUGCAGAGUUCAAGAUCACAAGAACUCAUAUCAAAGCCUUCUUCUUGGAUCUCUUCAUUGCAGGCACAAACACCUCAGCAGAAGGCACGCAAUGGGCGAUGGCUGAGCUGCUGAACAACCCUGAAGCCUUUGAAAAAGUGAGAAAGGAGAUAGAGUUGGUGACCGAGAAUGGAAGGCUAGUUGAGGAGUCAGAUGUUGGAAAAAUGCCAUAUUUGCGAGCAGUUGUGAAGGAAACACUGAGACUCCAUCCACCAGCACCAGUGACGACAAGAGAGUGUCGGCAACAGUGCAAGAUAAAUGGGUUUGACGUGGCACCAAAGACAGCAGUGGCAAUAAAUUUGUAUGCCAUAAUGAGGGACCCUGAUUCCUGGGACAAUCCGAAUGAGUUUGUCCCUGAAAGGUUCUUCUUGCAAGAGGAGGAUGAGAGAAUGAAGUUGAAUUUUGUUCCAUUUGGAGGUGGAAGGAGAGGCUGUCCAGGAACAGAACUUGCUUUCAUCUUCAUACACACUGCAGUGGCUGCUAUGGUGCAGUGCUUUGAUUGGAAGAUUGGUGAAGAUGGAAAAGGAAAAAAGGUCAAUAUGCAAUCUGGUUCAUCUGGCUUGUCUUUGAGCAUGGCUCAACCCCUUCUCUGUGUUCCAGUACUACAUUUUAAUCCAUAUGUAUAAUGAACAAACUCCAUAGACAAACUUCUGUUAUGCAGCUAUCACUAUAUUUACUAUGCC